AGCAUUGCCGGAAGUCUAUUUAGAUUGUAUUUUCUAUGCAAAAAUUCAUCAAGAUUUGGCAACUAUCAUGACAAAAGUAUUUAUGACUUUUUUGGAUUAUUUUUUGGACGACGAAGAAUUUACUCCCAGAAAUCCUACUCCUGACCCAAAACAGAUGAAAAGUUCCAAUUCCACUACUAAUGUUCUUGAUAAAAAAGGAAGUUCUCAUAAUUUAAAGACUUCUUGUACUAAAGAGGCACAGAAGUCAAUCUGUAAAGUUUGCAACAAAACCUUCGAUGACGCAUUCUUCCUCCGUGUUCACGAGAUCGAGCAUAAAAAUGUAAAUGCCAGUACAGAAUUUUCGAUCCCACGCUUGAAAAAGACUCCUAUAAGCUGCGUGUGCAGUACUUGCAACGAAACUUUUGACGACGAAUUUCUGCUACGCGUCCAUGCCUUUGAACACGUGGACUUGUCUCCUGCUUUACCUGCUGUUUCUACGAAACACGAAAAGAAGACUUCAGAUUUCGUCUGCACUGUUUGUCAGGAAACGUUUGAUGAUGAGUUCUUCCUUCGUAUUCACUCCUAUGAGCAUGUUGACAUGCACAAAUUAAUAGAAUUCCCUAAACCACUUCCUACUAACUCCUCUACGAGCACCGUGUGUGAUGUUUGUGGAACAGAGUUUGAGGAUGCAUUGUCUAUGCGUGUCCAUAUGUUUGAUCAUCAAGAUAAGUACUUUUGUGCUGUUUGUGAUGUCGGAUUCAAAACAAAUGAAGAGCUGGGUGUGCAUUACAACGAUCACUCCAAGAUGGAGUUGUGGAAGGUGAGGGAGAAACUUCCGAAGAAAAUUGCCGAUCCAAUUCGCGAACAUUACUACGAGGUCUGCUCGGAGAAGUUCAUCACCGACCCUCCCAAGCCGAGAAAUUACUCUUACGCCAAAAGGAGGAAAAAGAGAAAGUGCAAGUGCGAGAUCUGCGGGGCCAUUCUCAGCGCGGGCUCUUUGAGAGAGCACCGAAUGAUGCACGAAGGGACGAAACGUCACUCUUGCCAGGUGUGCAGCAAGAAGUUCCUGCGGAUAGCUGAUGCCAAGAAGCACUUCUACCUGAUGCAUUCUGAGCGAACACGCCCAUCGUGUGACAUUUGCGGCAAAACCAUGUCCAGUGCCAACAGCCUGAGCCGCCAUAAAUUAGGCCACAGUAACGAUAGAAAAUUUGGUUGUACGAUGUGCGGCAGACGGUUUCUCUCAAAGCACGAACUGCGCAGGCAUUAUAUGGUGCAUACAGGAGAGAAGCCGUACGCGUGCGACAUUUGUGGGCUAGGACUAAAGAAAGGGUACAGGAAACACAUGGCCACGCAUGGUGUCUAUGUGGAAAGUCGCCGGUCUGUUCCGACAAAUAAACCACCUGAAUGAGUGUGUCUGUUUACGCAUUUUAAAUAUUUAUGCUGCUAAUGCUUGACCAAGGAGAAAUUGUGGAUGGCUUUGAAGAGGAAACAUCAUUUUUAAUAGGAUGUUUGUUAUUAUUUUGUAAUAGAUAGGAUCAGCGAGAAGGAGAGUAAUUAUAUCACAAAAAUUGAACGGAAAACCACUUGCUUCCAGCACAGUUAUAACCACACCCCUUGCCCCCUCCCCCUGCACCAUUUUCGAGGUAGGCAACAUUCAAAUUAGUUUUCCUCGUGCCAAUACUUUUCAGAAAAGCUAAUUCCCAUAAUUGUAUCACAAAAAUCGCAUCGAAGCUAAAAUUCGACCGUUUGCUCCUCCACUACCUCUUACUACUGUCCACCUCUAGUAAGUUGAGCCCCGCUGCCCGACCGAUUAAACGAUUCCAUUAGUUUAAUUAAGAAUGAGGGAAAACGGCUUAAGAAUUUGCGGAUUUAGUUUGCAGUGUUAUCGCCCAUUUGGCGAACAACUACUAUUCUGGUAUCAGGUAAGAAGUAGCAAGCGAUACAGGAUUUUCUCGCCAUUAAAAGGGUUGCAAUUGGUAGCCCAAGUCUGCGCCUAACAAUUCCUCUUCUUACUGAUUGCGCUUCCUUGAAAGAAGUGGACUUGCUCAAGACCAUAGCUCAACUUCUCGGAGGGGGACAGUACUCGCCGCUUUCUGGCUGAUUCUACUAUUUAUUACAAAUGAUGUUUCCGCUUCAAGGUCAUCCGCCAUCUUUCCGUGGCUUUACUUUCAGUCAGGUCAGGAUGUUAUCAAGAAACAUGUAGUCAUUCAAUACUAAAACCAACAUUAAAAUUUUGGAAAUUUUUAUAAACCUCUGUGAAAGUCUUUUCUGAUUUGUUUCGCAACAAAUUAGUGGUUUAUUUUUUUAAAUGCUUCUAUGCUCACUCUAAGGCAGU